ACAAAUCGCCAGAGCUGAGGCAAUAGAGGCGCUCGAUCUGUUGGCGCGCGCGCCGCGAGCUGUCGUCGACGCCGCCCGCACAGCCGCCCCGCGCGAAGCACGCCAGUGCCAAACCCAGACCGCCGCGCAGCGCCUCCGCAACCACUACCGCGCCGCCAUGUCUCUCGCGGCGAACCCGAGCGAGUCCGCGAGCACCAUGCAGUACGAGGGCUCCAUCUCGUCCGACGGGAAGUUCCACGGCCGCGGGUCCAUCGUCUACAGCAACGGGGAACGAUACGCGGGCGAGUGGCAGUACGGCCAGCGCCACGGCCGGGGCACGUACACGUACGCCGACGGCGGCACCUACAGCGGCGACUGGGAGCGCGACAAGAUCCAGGGCGAGGGCACGGCCAAGUACAGCGACGACAACGUCUACACGGGCUCCUGGACGAACGGCAAGAUCCACGGGCGGGGGAAGCUGGAGACGGCGAAAUUCACUUAUGAAGGCGAGUGGCGCGACGGCAAGAAGCACGGCCGCGGCCUCUGCUCGUACCACGACAACGGCGACGAGUACGAGGGCGACUGGGUCGACGACAAGUGGCACGGCGAGGGCGAGUGGACGCUCCGGGGCGCCGGCGGCAACGUCCACGAGAGGUACGUCGGCGCGAUGGAGCAGGGCCGCAUGCACGGCACGGGCAAGUACGUCUACAGCGACGGCUCCGAGUACUCCGGCGACUGGCACGACAACCGCAUGCACGGCAAGGGCAUCUUCACCUUCGCGAACGGCAACAAGUACGUCGGCGACUUCGUCGACGACGCCAAGGACGGCGUCGGCUUCCUCCAGUACGUCGACGGGGAACGCUACGACGGCUGCUGGCGCGGCGACAAGGCCCACGGCCAGGGGACGCUGACCUACGCGUCGGGCGACGAGUACGUCGGCUCGUGGAUGGACGGCAUGAAGGACGGCGAGGGCGAGCUCCGGUACGCGAACGGCGACUGCUACCGCGGGAGCUGGGAGCGCGACGCGGCGCACGGCCAGGGCACGCUCGCCUACGCGUCGGGCGACGAGUACGUCGGCGCCUGGCGCAACAACCUGCGCCACGGCGAGGGCAAGUUCUCGUGCGCGGCGGACGGGAAGCUCUACGUCGGCGAGUUCGCCGACGGCCUCAAGCACGGCUCGGGCACGCUCACGCUGCCGAGCGGCGACUCCAUCUCCGGGACCUGGGACCGCGGCGAGCUCAAGGGCCCCGUGGACUUCAAGCACCACCCGGACUCGCCCUGGACGAACCCGAAGCUCUGA